AUGGCUGGAUUUAGGGAGUUCCAUUGCCAAAGCUUACAACAUUUACGUCCAAAUUCCUUUGACCAAGAUGACUACGAUGAUUUUGAUGUGGCUGUGAAGAUAUUUGAAUCGAUGGGACUUCCAAAUGACACCAAAUUUUACUGGGCGUGCAUCAACGAAUUCAGGGAAGAUACAUUCUGGCGUAAGUAUUUUAUUGAUAGAGCUGAAAACACUUUUGAAGAAAAGGUUCAGUUCUUACAAGCUUUAAGUGGAUUUACACGUGAUGAUCAGUACAUGGGGAAGCGAUUAAGCUCUGGUAAACCUUUUGGGAGUCCAAGUUUUGGUGGCGUUCAUUCAGGUAGUCCAUCUUCUGGAGGUAAUAAUUCAUGGGGGCAAACGGUAAAUGGACAAUGGGAUCAACAACCACGUGCUCCGCAAUGGGGUACACCACCAUCUUCUCAUCAAUGGGGUACCCCACCAACUGCUCAACAAUGGGGUACACCUCCAGCUGCUCAACAAUGGAGUACACCACCAGCUGCUCAACAAUGGGGUGCACCACCAAGUAUGCAACAAUGGGGUACACCUCCAACUUCUCAUCAAUGGGGUACACCACCAACUUCUAAUCAAUGGGGUACAACAUCGAAUGCUCAACAAUGGAGUUCACCAUCAGUGGCUCCACAAUGGGGUACAACUUCAACUACUCAACCAUGGAAUUCUCCACCAGUGGCUCCACAAUGGGGUUCAUCAUCAAAUGAUCAACAAUGGAGUUCACCUCCAAAUAACGUGCAGUAUGGAUUUUCACUUGAAACUCAGACCAAAAGUACAAGAAUUGAUGAAGAAAGAGUUGCAACUGAAACAUCACCUAGAAACAUAUCGCGCACACGUAAAUCAGGGGGAUUGUUCAAUAUUUGGGGCACCCAACGGGGGCCUAAUUUAAAUGAAACCCAUCAAACUGAUUCAGAAGAUGAAACUUAAUACAAUAUUUUAUGAUUCUAGUAAUAUAGAUGUCUUCUUUUUAUUUGAGUUUUUGUAAUAUCAUUUACUUAUGUGUAAUCCAAUAAUGUCAUUUACUUUCAUAUUCAUCUAAUUUUUUUUUAAUGAAAUUUAGGUUUUUCGUAUAUGCCAACUACGGUCCCAAGGAGUUCAGUUUCUAAAUUACGAAGAAAGAGUUGAGUUGUGGAAUUUGGAGAAUGAACAAUUUGAAGAGUUAAUUAUUCAACCGGCAUUGAGUUACUACAAUAGACAUUUUGUAAGAGGACCAGCCCAAACUGAUAAUGGAUUAGGGUGGAAAAAUAUUUGGCAUCGAUUACAAGAAGAUCAUGGCGCUUGUCUUCAAUUGCUGCGAAUGUCACUUGAUUGCUUUAGAACAUUGUGUCAUCAACUGGAAGCAACUUAUGGAUUACAACCAACACUGAAUGUAAGCAUUGAAGAGAGUGUAGCUAUGUUUCUACGUAUAUGUGGGCACAAUGAAGUUCAGCGAGAUGUUAGAUUACGAUUUGGUCGAACUCAAGAAACCGUGAAGAGGAAAUUUUUUGAAGUUCAUAAAGCAACAGAGUUACUUACUUGUGACUAUAUCCACACUCCAACACGGCAAGAACUCCAUAGGAUUCCCAAAAGACUUAUGGAUGGAAAAUAUUGGCCAUUUUUUAGUGGAUUUGUUGGAGCGAUGGACGGGGUUCAUGUGUGUGCGAAGGUCAAGCCAGAGUUACAAGGAAUGUAUUGGAAUCGACAUGAUAGAACAUCAUUUAAUAUCAUGGCCAUUUGUGAUAUAAAUAUGUUGUUCACAUAUGUUUGGAAUGAAGCCCCAAGAUCUUGUCAUGAUACAUCAGUUCUUACGAUGGCGCAAAACAAUGAUCCUGAAUUUCCGUUACCACCACUGGAUAAGUAUUAUGUUGUUGACUCUGGCUAUCCAAAUAAACAAGGUUUUCUUGCUCCAUAUAGAUCUUCACGAAACAUGGUCGUUCGAUAUCAUAUGUCACAAUUCGAAAAUGCUCCUCCUCCUCGGAACAAGCAUGAUUUUUUUAAUCGUUGGCAUGCAUCUCUGCGUUCAGUUAUUGAAAGGACAUUUGGAGUUUGGAAAAAGAAAUGGAGGAUUCUUUGUGAUUUUCCAAGAUAUAAUAUUGAAGUGCAAAAAAGAGUGGUAUUGGCUACAAUGGGUCUGCAUAAUUUUAUUAGAAUUUUGAAUUUUGUGUAUGAUGAUUUUGUAGAAAUAAUGGGACAAACACAUAUUGGAAACACCGAAGCAGAAAUUGAUACAAAUGAGAUGGAAACACCAGAUAUAGCUAACGGGGAUUUGAUGGAUAAUAUCAGAGAACAAAUUGCAAAUUUACUAUGGGAAAAUAAAAAUACUAUGUGAUAUGUUUUACAAAUGUUGUAUUUAAAUUUAUGUUAUUUUUUUUAUAAUAUAUUAUGUAUUUGUUGCAUUAAUUUUUUUAAUAAAAGACAAUAUCUUAAAAUUAAAUAAAUUUUUUUUACAUUUCAAAUUUUAAUUUGAACCACCUUUUAUCCGCUUUCACCAUUCAAACAAAUAUUUUAAACCAUUAGAUCCGCUAGAUCUGCUAGAUCCGCUCUUGUUCCGCUAGAUCCGCUAGAUCCGCUCUCGUUCCGCUAAAUCCGCUAGAUCCGCUAGAUCCGCAACGCUUGAUCCGCUUUUUCCAUUCGGAGCCCUGGUGUUUCUACUGUACAAAGUGGAUCAAGAAUAUUACUUCAUAAAAGUUGGACUGCUUGAACCGCAACAUUUGCUAACAUUAUUUUAUUAUUUAAAAUGAACCACUUAUCACAAUUGUGUUAUUCGCAUGAAUGGCGCAUCAUAUGCGUGAGAUCCACUUAAGCGGUCGAACCACGUGUUCCUCCGCCUCCCAUUCAAAUAUUCAAUACCUCUAUAAAAAUUACUCCAAAAGUGACUUUCAGUCACACUCGUGGUUAUAAACCGAUCAAGCUCUCGAAAGUCACCAUCUGUCACUUCAAACCCUCUUUCCUCUUCAAGAUGUCAUAAGUCUUUUAAAGUGACAAUGUUUUAUAACAUGACUGUUUUAAGAGAAGUUCAGAUUUCUCUACCAACAAAAGGUAUGCUUAGCCUUUGCACAAUGGUGGUAUUAUUCAACACACACCUUUUUACUUUUUUACAAUCCACAUCAUCAUAUUAUAUAUUUUUUUAAUUCCACAUAAACAUUGACAUUUAUUUAAUUUUUAUGUUAUAUAUAUUUUUUUAAAUUCAACAUUCUACCAUUUUACUAACAAAAAUAAAUAUUUUCAGUUUUCAAUUUUAAAAUUUUAAAUUUUAAUCAUGAAUUUUAAUUUAAUAAAUUUGUGUUUAUUUAUAUAAAUAAGAAUUUGUAUAAUGUAUCCAAAUUAUAUAAACCAAGUCAUUAUUUAUAACUUAAAAAUGAUGAAUUUUGAUAUUAAUUUUUUUUAAAAAAAAUAUUUCCUACAAAAUAAGUCACUUGGAACAAAUAGGAUGAAUAAAAAUCUAAGUUAUCAAAACAACCAAUUAAAAUUCAACAGUUAUGUAAUUUUUAUUUGUUUGAAGCACACCUAUGAAGUUUGAUUGGUUCAAGUCUUCCUUGUGGAUUCGGCAUGGCGCAUGUAUCUUAUUCAACUAGUUGAAUAAAUUCAACUAGUUGAAUAAAUUCAACUGGAACUAAUCCACAUCCUUUUUUACCUUAUUUCAACACUUUCGUUGUAAGCUUUCAACGGUUGAAAAAUUUAUUCAACUACUUCAAUGUAAAUAGUCUUAGAGUAUCUUCAACCCUAUGCUUUUUUUGCCUCUAUAUGCUAUAAUAGAAUAAAAUCUACUCCAAUCCACCUCUAUUUUUUCCAAAAAUAAUAUUACUAUUUUUACCUCUAUAUUUAGGGAAAAAAAAGCAUUCCUUUAUAAUAGAGAUAUACUUUAUUAUUUACAAAAUAAUCCUUUAACUUUUUGUAAUUAUAAACAAAAGACAUAUUUAUGUAGAAAUACAUUUUUCAACACAUAAAACACACAGUAAUUUGUUUAGAUAAUAAUUUUAGUUUUUGCAAUUAUAAUUGAAAUAAGCAAAAAUAUUAUGAUUUUAUUGAAAGUCAAAAUUUUUAUUAAACAAAUAAUAUUUAAUUGAUCAUUUAUGGGAAAAAUAUAGUAAUAUUGAUAGUUAGAUAAUGUCUAUUUUGUUUUCUUAUUUUUGUUUAAUUUUUUUCUGUACUAAAAUGCUUAGUUUAAAUAAUAUUGCAAUUUUAUGAAGCAAAAUCAAAAAUUUAAAUGAAUGGGUUAAUUUUAAACAUUCAAAAGUAAAAGGUGCUAAUUGUAUAACAAAAGAAAAUCUUUUAAGAAUAUUAUUUUUUUGAGGAAAAAAUAGGUGAAUACAUUGGAGAAGAAUCCAUCUCUAUUAUAGAGUUUCCCUAUUAUAGAAAAAAUAAUAAUAUAGGAAUACACUGGAGAUGGUCUUAGAAAGAACAACAACAGAAAACAAACAGAAGUUGCAUGAAAAAUAUGUACUUACAUCAACGCAAAUGCAGAAUGCUGAAAACCAGAUAAAAAAUGAUUUGAACCUACAAAGCCAAGUCGUAGGAACAAGAAAAGAGAAUGCAUAGAUAAAAAAAAAGG